AACCCCCGAACAUCAACCCAUUAUCCGACGCAACGACACCCCCUUUACUCAUCCCUCUGUCAGUCUACAUGGCAACCAGAGUCUCACCCGAAGACGACGACGUAUUCGUCUCGGUCUCCGAGCAACGCCGCGAGUUUAUGGAAGCCAAAGCCUUAGAGUCCGACAUGGAUCUCGCCUUCCACCUCCAACUCCAAGAGGCCCUUGCCGCCUCCCUCACCCUCCAACCCUCCUCCUCCUCCGCCCAAUCCCUGGAAAAAGACGCCGUUCCGAUCAUCCCCGACACUCCAACCGUCGUCUCCAUCCAGUCCGGCGAACUCGCGAGGCUGGAGCAGGAAUUGAAAGACCGCGAGCAGAGCGAGAUCGAAAUGCGGAAAGCCAGAGAGGAUCUCGAGCGUCGGAUUCACGACGAUCAGGUCGCGAGGGAGAUCAUGAGGAUUCCGGAGGAGGAGUGGGAGGAGUCCGGCGAAUUCUUCUCCAAGCCGUUCGGCGAAGGAUCAUCCUCGUCGUCAGCGUCGGCGAAGAGCGUCGAGAGCGAGAGCGUAUUCAGGCUAUACUUCAAGGGUUUGGUGAGCGAGGAAAGGGUUGGGAAGGAGAGGGCGGCACUGGCAGGAAUUGGGGUGGCGCUGUGCGAUCCGAGGGACAAUUUGUUGCUCGAGGUCAGGAAGCCGCUGAUUGGGACCGGGACGAGCGGCAGUGGGGCCCAGUUGAAGGCCUUGAUCGAAGGGCUGAAUGCUGCACUUGCUUUGGAUUUGAAGCGCCUCACCUUCUUCUGUGAGAAUCGGCACAUUUUCCAGUUUAUAACUGGUAAAUGGACAGCAAAGCAGCGCAAGGUAGCAAUGCUUGUCAGUCAGGUUAAGAGCCUUCAAGCAAAGUUUACAGUUUGCAAUCCAAUUCUUGUGCCCCGAUUUGAUAUUAAAUUUGCAUUUAAACUAGCAAGAGAUGCAAUAGAUUCUCAGUCUCAGACUAACCAGCCUGCACAAUCUAUCACCUCCAAGAAUGUGAAUGAGAUUUGCGUGAUAUGUUUGGAAGCUACUGAUGUUAACCAAAUGUUUUCGGUUGAUGGCUGCCUGCAUCGGUAUUGCUUUUCUUGUAUGAAACAACAUGUAGAGGUGAAGUUGCUUCAUGGGAUGAUUCCUAGAUGCCCUCAUGAAGACUGUAAGUCUGAUCUUACUGUUGAUAAUUGUGCAAAAUUCUUGACACCUAAACAUGUGGAGACUAUGCGCCAACGCAUAAAGGAAGCUUCAAUUCCUGCCACAGAGAAAGUUUAUUGCCCGAACCCGAGGUGCUCCGCUUUAAUGUCAAAACGUGAACUUUUACAAGACGUGAAAUCGCGGGAUGUGGAACUAUCAGGAGUUCGAAAAUGCUUGAAAUGUCAGUGCCUUUUUUGUAUCAAUUGUAAAGUCCCUUGGCACAGAAACAGAACAUGCGCCGACUACAAAAGGUUGAAUCCUUGUCCCUCAGAAGAUACAAAGCUAAAGUCUCUUGCCUCAACGAAUCUGUGGCGCCAGUGUGUGAAGUGCAACCAUAUGAUUGAACUAGCUGAAGGUUGCUACCACAUGACUUGCAGGUGUGGGCAUGAGUUUUGUUAUAAUUGUGGAGGCGAGUGGAAAGACAAAAAGCCAACGUGCUCAUGCCCACUGUGGGAUGAGGGUAAUAUUUUGCAUGAUGAAGAUGAUGAAGAUUUUGAUUUUGAUGAAGAGGAUGUGUCAGAGUCAGAUUCCGAGGGACAUGCUCCUGGGUUUUGCAAUGACUGUGGACAGUCUACAGACUACACAGGAGCAUGUUUAUGCCCAGUUUUGUUUGAAGAUGAUAUCUUGUUUGACGGAGAUAGUGAUACUCAGGAGUUGAAAAAAGAUGAAUAUGAAGGUGAAGUUAAGGAUGAAGGCCCAGAAGAAGACGGAUAUGAAGAUGAAAGUGGGCAGGAGGUUCAGGAAGAGAAGCAUAUCUUGCCUGCUGAAGAUGGUAGAGAUAUUGAUGAAGAAUAUGAGGAAGAUGAGGAGUUCUGUGACUCUGACUGCGAAUGCUAUGAAGAUGAGGUUCAUGAGAAAGAGGUUCGAGAGGACGUUCAGGAUGAAUGGUUGGAGCAAGGUCAGGAAGACGAGAACUUCUAUGCGGAAAAUGCUACAGAUUUUGGUGACGAAUAUGAGGAAGAUGAAGAGGAGUAUUGUGACUCUGACUGCGACCGCGACUGUGACUGCUACGACUCUAACUCAGAUUACUACUGAUAAACAAAAAUAUGGCUGGUAAUCUUCGUACGAAGUAACCCGCAGAAAGGGGGAAAAAAUGGUGUUUGAAGUGUCAACAAAUUGUUUUAUUUUUUUUGUUCCCAAUUGCGUGUCCACGAGGGUUUCUCUCCGCUUAUAUUACCAUCUAUUUCCAUUCCUUUUUUCA